AUGGAGGCCGACAGCCGUUGGAAAGACGUCCAAAAGGUCCUCUGUGCCAUCGCGCCCAUUUGUACCGCUUACGAUAAGGACGGCAUCGACGUGUACUUUUUGAAUCACCGAAACCGGGCAGAGCUGGGACCGAGGGCGGAUAACAAAGCAAAGGGUGGGUAUUACAACAUCAACGACACUGCGACAGUCGACCGCAUCUUCAAAGAAGCCUUUCCCAAUGGCGGCACGCCUACGGGGACGAGGCUCAACGACAUUCUCGAGCCGUACGUCAUGAGCCUCGAGAAGGCCAGGAUCACCGGCGAACAUGUCAAGCCCGUCAACAUCAUUGUCAUCACCGACGGCGAGGCGACGGUGGACCCGGAAGAAGUCAUUGUCAAGUAUGCCAGAAGGCUCGACCAGCUCGGUGCCCCGUCGCAUCAAGUGGGCAUACAGUUCUUUCAGGUGGGAAACAGCAGCCAGGCCAAGGAGUGGCUGCAGGACUUGGAUGAUCAGCUCAGGAGGCAUGGCAUCCGGGACAUGGUGGACACGGUGACUUGGGGUGGGUUUGCUGGACAGUGGUUCAAGAGGAUCAAUGAGAAGACGAUUCUCAAGACUGUUCUCGGCGGCGUUGUUCGUCGUCUGGAUAGGCAGCCGUCUUGA